CUACUCCAAGCAUUCUUUCUCACGUUCCAGCGCCAUGUCGGCAGUGGAGGAGUUCCCCCUGCAGCAGGAGUACGCCAAGAAGACCGGUAUCAGCGAGGAGGACAUCGCCAAGCUGCGGGCCUGGCUCGCCGCGCAGCCGCACCUGCCUAGCGAACAUAUCUCAGACCUGGACCUGAUCCUGACUUUCCACUGCUGCGGGCGCAGCGCACAGAGAGCCAAGCAGCUGCUGGACCUGCACUACACGCUCCGCACUCUCUUCACGCACCUGUUCAAGGACCGCCAAGUCGAUGAUGCCAUUCUUAGUGCUAUGGACUGCGUUCUGUGGCUGCCGCUGGAGACGCGCAGCCACGACGGCUGCAAGGUGAUCUACGGCCGUCUCGUGGAUUACGAGCCCAAGAAGUUCAACUUCAGUGACGAUUGCAGACUAGCGUUCAUGGUGAUGGACCUGUGCCAGCGGGCGGAGGGCUCGUGGCCGGGGCUGGUGCUACUCGUGGACAUGCAGGGCGUCGCGCUGGCGCAUCUCACGAGGCUGGAUUAUCACACGCUGCAGGAGUUCUUCUACUACUUGCAGGAAGCCAUGCUGGUGAACCUCAAAGGCAUCCACUUCCUGAACGCGCCGAGCUUCAUGGACAAGGUGCUGUUCAUCAUCAGGCCCUUCAUGAAGAAGCACCUGCUCGACAUGAUGGGCAUCCACCAGCCGGGGUCAAGGACCCUGGAGAAGUAUCUACCCAUGGAGGCACUGCCGUCCGAUUGUGGCGGGAAGUACAUGGCUGUUGAUGACGCUAAGGCAAUGAUGCGCGCCAAGUUGCUGGCCAACCGGGAGUACUUCUCUCAGGAGAACCUGAAGCGAGUGACGGAGGCGCGGCGGCCGGGCCGGCCCACCACCAUCGCAGACAUCUUCGGCGGCGUCGAGGGCAGCUUCAAGAAACUCGAGAUAGACUAGCGAAUAGUAGGCCUAGCAUGGGAUGCAAGACGAGAACAUCAAGACCUGACUAAAGUUUUGAAUCGCGAUUGCUCUCAGGGCCGCCCGAUGCAAAACUUUUUUGCCACGUCUUGCGCCCCAUGCUAACCCUUCAGUGUGAAUUUGUAUGGAGCUUGUACCGCUAGCGACUUAUCAAGCGCCAUACUUUGCCUGCUCGACACUCCGCAUGCAGUUAUAUUUUUAAUGUUGAUCUAUUGUUUGUUAGCUGAUUGUAAAAUUAUGUUAAGAUUAAGUAAUAUUCUUCUUGAAGUGCUAAUAAUGAUGGUUUUAAGGAAAAUCAAUCCUUUUCUUUAACAUGUUAUGGCCUAAGAUUGUUUACUUUGGAACCAGCCCCAUAAAAUCAUGUUGAUAUUUUAUUUAAAUGGAUGAAGUUCUUGUAACUAAACAUAUUAUUAAAACUGUAUUUUUGGUCCUUAUUAUAGAAGGAACAUAAAAAAAUAUAACUAUUGCCUGUUUAUCGUCUAGGGUUAGGAAAGUAAAACAAUAGAAUAAGUAUAACAAAUAUAUUUCAUAGAAACAUACUUGCUAUGUUAUGCUUACAACAAAAUAUUGGAAAAUAA